AUGGAAGAGGAAGUCGCUGCUCUUGUUAUCGACAAUGGUUCGGGUAUGUGCAAGGCCGGUUUCGCCGGUGACGAUGCUCCCCGAGCUGUUUUCCCCUCCAUCGUCGGUCGUCCCCGUCACCAUGGUAUCAUGAUUGGUAUGGGUCAGAAGGACUCCUACGUCGGUGAUGAGGCACAGUCGAAGCGUGGUAUCCUGACUCUCAGGUAUCCCAUUGAGCACGGUGUUGUCACCAACUGGGAUGACAUGGAGAAGAUCUGGCAUCACACAUUCUACAACGAGCUCCGUGUUGCACCUGAGGAGCACCCUGUCCUCCUGACCGAGGCCCCCAUCAACCCCAAGUCCAACCGUGAGAAGAUGACCCAGAUCGUUUUCGAGACCUUCAACGCCCCCGCCUUCUACGUCUCCAUCCAGGCCGUUCUGUCCCUGUACGCCUCUGGUCGUACCACCGGUAUCGUGCUGGACUCUGGUGAUGGUGUCACCCACGUCGUCCCCAUCUACGAGGGUUUCGCCCUCCCUCACGCCAUCUCCCGUGUCGACAUGGCUGGUCGUGAUCUGACUGACUACCUCAUGAAGAUCCUGGCUGAGCGCGGCUACGCUUUCUCCACCACCGCUGAGCGUGAAAUUGUCCGUGACAUCAAGGAGAAGCUGUGCUACGUUGCCCUCGACUUCGAGCAGGAGAUCCAGACUGCCUCCCAGAGCUCCAGCCUGGAGAAGUCUUACGAGCUUCCUGAUGGCCAGGUCAUCACCAUUGGCAACGAGCGUUUCCGCGCUCCCGAGGCCCUCUUCCAGCCCAGCGUUCUCGGCCUGGAGAGCGGUGGUAUCCACGUCACCACCUUCAACUCUAUCAUGAAGUGCGACGUCGACGUUCGUAAGGACCUCUACGGCAACAUUGUCAUGUCUGGCGGUACCACCAUGUACCCCGGUAUCUCCGACCGUAUGCAGAAGGAGAUCACUGCUCUUGCUCCUUCUUCCAUGAAGGUCAAGAUCAUUGCUCCUCCUGAGCGUAAGUACUCUGUGUGGAUCGGUGGUUCCAUCCUGGCUUCUCUGUCCACCUUCCAGCAGAUGUGGAUCUCGAAGCAGGAGUACGACGAGAGCGGUCCUUCGAUCGUUCACCGCAAGUGCUUCUAA